UUAUUUUUGUCGUAAAAUGAGAUCAGACAGGAGAAUUGAAUCUCCAUUGAAAUGAUACAAAGUGACUUUUGAAUCGAGAUGAACUGACUUUUAUUUUGAUUUUCGUUUUUUGUUUUCAAUAGACUGUGAAUGUUGCGAUGUGAUCCGGUUUUUGCGCUUGACGGAUUUUAAACGUUUUUGCGAAGUGAUUUGACACCGUCAGCAUGUUUAGCAGGUUCGGCAAGAGACGCCCGAGCGCGCGCACGGGGCUGGACCUCAGUGUCGCGGGGAGUGUGAGCAUCACCGCCGUCACCGCCACGUCGCCCAGCGUUCUGCCGCCCACGCCCUCGCCCUCCGUCUACACCAUCUCCACGGCGAGCCCGCCUCUGGGAAGUGCACCCGCGCCCGCACGGCUCUCCCAGGCUGUGUCCCCCUCCUCCAGGGGCGUGUUCAUCUUCCCUCCCGUAGAAGGCCCUUCGCCGGCAUCCCUUGCAGAACCUCCCCGCCCGCGCCCUUCUCCCUCUCCCCUGUAUUCCUCCCCCUCCCCCUCCCCUUCCCCGUGCUCGCCCACGACGCCCCUCUUCACGUCCCUCCCCCCCGCCCCCCCUCCCGCCAUGCCGGCCCCCAGUGACCAGCUCCCCGACUGCCCCCUAGAGGCUCGCACCGCCAGCGCGGGCGGCGCGGCGAGGAGCGGGCGGCGGCGCCCCGACCACGCCGACCUGGGCCGCCUGAACGACUCGACGACCACGACGAGCAGCGAGGCCCACAGGAAUGCUAUCAACGCGGCCUGCAACAACAACAGCAACAACAACGAUAACAACAACAGACUAGAGCCGGUCGAGGUGAAUGCCAACGAGCAGGACUCGGACACAGGCACGGGCGUGGGCGUGGACGCGGGCGCGGACGCGGACACCCGCGCCGCGACCGAGGCGGGCGACGACAACAGAGCGUGUGGCAACAACAACAACAACAACGUGACCAAUAACAAGGCGAGCAGCUGCGACCGCCGCAGGAAGACGGGCAUUGUGUUCCCGAUCAAGACGGGCGUCAUUCAGCUCCCGGGAAGAGGUAACUGGCGCCGCGCCGCCCUUGCGUGCUUCUGGCCGCCCGCGCUCUGCCUUCAGGCCCGGCUGUUGCUUUUUGCUCUCGGCCUUUUUCCUCCAUGUAUAGUUUUAUUAUUGUCUUUCCUUCUGCAGCUCAUUUCUCUCCUUCUCCCCCUCUUUCCCCUUGAAUUUCUGCUCUCUCCCAUUGUACAUUUUCUCCGCUUGCUCCCCUUCUGCUCUUGCUUCUCUUCUCCCUCUUUCUUUCCCGCUCCUCUCCCCUCUGUCCCUCCCAUGUACGCGCUGCCUCGCUCGCCCCCUCUGCCGCUGCCCCUCGUGCCCGCGGCCGCCUCUCGCAGCUGCGUCGACGGCGAAUCGGCUGCCUGGUGGCUCUCCUACCUCUCACGCUUCUGCCUUGGGUUUACUUCGGAUGAACUAGGAAUUCCGGUACAUCGGCCUAAUAAUUACUCCGGACAACUGGCUUUUCCACUCCGUCCGUCAUGGGCUCGCUUCGGGUUGCUGAUGUUCCCAGUAGUAAUCAAUAAAAAUAGAUUUGAAUAUCUGACUUUUCCUCCAGUACGUCCGCCUAAGGCUUAUUCCGGAUAACUGACAGUUGCAACACAUCCGCACCUUGAUUAUUUCGGACGAGCCUGUGACGUUCGCUCC